AUGGCGGACAAAUCUGUCAGUGAUAUCUUAGAUCUUCUUUGUAGCCAUGUGAAGUUAGAAAGAGAUAGAGGGCUACAAGCUUUGGAAGGGAAACUGAAAGAUACUUCGAACUUUACUUCAGAUAUUCAACAAGUAGAGGAUUUGCAAAACUCUUUGAUCGAACUUGUGACAUCGACGGAUGGAGCCUGGGAGACACGACAUGGUGGUUUGACAGGAAGCAAGACAUUUAUUUUGAACAAUCUCGGCUCGGAUGAUUUUUGUGAGACCCUCAGAAAAAAAGCAUUAAAAUUAAUGCAUGAUGACGAAGCGAGGGUCAGGAUUGCUUCAGGUGAAAUCAGAAUUAAAGCUAAUUUUACAGAGGUUAGGAGCACGAUCGUCGUCGCAAACCAAACAAAGAACAUUGGGAUUACCCCUUCCCAAAUUUACCAAAUUGUCCUUUUAGAAGUUCUUUGGCGCGAUCAAAUCUCUUCGGAAUCUUUAAAGUGUCCAUUGUGGCUGCAACCGAUCUGUGAAAAUGCAUGCGUAGGCUAUUGAUGUAGAGAAUAUUUUGCCACGUAUUAUCCCCCCUUUAAAAGGAUGUUGGACAAAGCCAUGAUAUUGAUCAGCUCCCAACGUAAAAUUGAAUUAAUAAGUAACCUCGACUUUAAAAGUUUUCUGAAUCACGAAAGACACUUUUCAUCCAUGCAGACACUUAAGCAAUAGAUUACAUAGAGACCUUUUAAAGAAUUUGGUUUAUUUUUUUUACGUAACGUAUAACUCAGAUAGUCAAAGUACGUACAUUGAAAUGAUACCAAAUGAAAGUUACCUGGUUGUCUCUGUUGUUCAUUUAUGAAAUAAGUUUUGAUAACGUUUUUAUCUGUUUCCACUCUCUAAAAUACACUUUAUUGUGUUCAUUUUCACAGUGCUGUGCACUGAUUUCAAAACUUCAUCCCCUUUUUUUUUUAUAAUUACAGGAGAGGUACUUGGUGCCCUUUGUUCAAUGAAAGGUACAGGAGUUUUUGUGGCUUGCUGUGAUGAAAUCUUGAAGAACGUGGGUGAAAAUUUGGAGAGAAGAUUGCCUGACCCUGAAGAAGUAGCUGAAGGACUUGUGCAUAAGUUAACUGGUAGUGAAAAGGAGACAGGUGAAGAAAAGGUGAAUAACUAAAUACUUUUAACCCUUUACACCCAAACAUCAGCAUGCAUAUUCUCCAUACUGUUCUUCAUACAUUUCCAAAGAAGGUGACAAGGAGAAUUCGUAUAACAAUCAAGAGCUGCUUUAGUUGGUGAUCAUCUCCUUUAUUCUUAUGACUUUCAUGUUUGACUCAGGGGUGAUUUGGUAAGGAGAAAUUAGAUGCUAGUCACUCUUAGGGGCCAAAGGGUUAAAAUAGCGAUGUGUAUUUGAAAAUAGAAAAGAAACUUCCAACUUUUUUUUGUUCAACAACUAAGAGCAAUAACAUUUAGUCUUUAUGUUAAUCAAAUCACUAGUAGUAUUCUUGUCUCAGCUCUUUUUUCAUACAAUAUUAUUUGGAUUUUUCAGUACAAAAAAACAGAUGCUGCACAGAUAUUUCAUGAUACUGCUGGAUGGAAACAUUUGGAGACAAGCAUGAGGUUUGUCACAUGCUAUCAACUUCAGUUUUAUUAGCAAAAAUAUAGCAACUGCCUAUAGGGCUUUGUGUGUGUUUGUGAUAUUUAGACAGGCUGGCCCAGUUCAGCUCAGAGCUGGUUUAAAUGGGAGCUUGUGUAAGCAAUGACAAGGUCAGACCACAACACCGGGGACUAUGUUCCCUACUCUUUACGAGAAGUAUGUGGGUUUUUAACCCUUUAACUCCCAAGAUCUUGAUGUUAAUUCUCCCCUCAAGCUGCUACACCUUUCCUUGUAAAUUAGUUAUGUGAAUUUGGUGUUAGAUCAAGACAACAACUUCUACUUGAUAAGUUUGAGUAUUCUCAUAACCUGUUUGCUGGAUGAUGUGAGGAUUUUAUAACAAGAAGUUUUAUGUUAAUCACUUCUCGGAGUUAAAGGGUUAAUGUCCUCUGCUAACCAGUACAGAGGAAAGACAGGGGACAGGGCCUACAGCUUAUCUUCUUAUUAAGGCAAAGGUAGUGCAUUCUCCUCAGUCAUUUAAGACCCUUGGUCUUGCAUGUUAGUCGGGUCUGGAAAUUGAGCCCUUGACCUCCCUUAUGCCAGUCCUGCGCUACAUAAUGUAAGCUAACCAAGUGCGGUAAACAGAAGAAAGGUGGCUGAGAUACUUUAUGUUUUAGGUGUCUUCAAUCAGUGAUAGAAGGAUGUGGAAGAGCCUUUAAUGAAUACAUCACUCAGGACCUUCUAGAUCUGAUAUUUCAAGCAUUAAACCAUACAAACAGAUUUGUGAGAGAGACAGGUUAUCAACUCUGUGCAUCACUUGUUAGCCUGGGAAGAAAGCAAGGUAGGAAUCCUUUUGGAUUAAUUCUCAAUCAGUUUUGCUUUAUCUUUCUAGUAACAUAUCUAUAGUUUUCAUGCAAGAUCAUUUCUCCUGUUGUAAAACAGUUGGGGAGGGGGGAGUCCUGAUCCUGUUUAAAGUGCAGAUGAUGAGUGAAUUUUUCUAACAUUUGCACAUAAACAGGAUCAUUGCAAACUAAACAAAGAACAUUUGGAUUACCCCUACCCAAAUUUAUCAAAUUGUCCUUUCCGAAGUUCUUUGGUACAAUCAGAUCUCUUUGGAAUCUUAAAAGUGUCCAUUGUGGCUGCAAGUGAUCUUUGAAAAUGCAUUUGUAGGCUAUUGAUUUAGAGAAUGUUUUGUCAUGUAUGACCCCCCCCCCCUUCUCAAUCAUUUUUUCUUUAUCUUUCUAAUAAGGCAAUUGUAGUUUUUAUGUAAGAUCAUUUCUCCUGUUGUAAAGCAUAGGUCUUGAGAGGGUAGCAAAGUGGGGGUGGGGGGGGUCCUAAUCCUGUUUUAUGUGCAAAUGUUAGAAAAAUUGACUCAUCAUGUGCACUUUAAACAGUACUUCACAUGUCAAAUUUAUAGGGGAAAACAUCAAGUCUCUCCUUAGCUUGCCUUUCUGUAAAAUACUGUAUUAAUUUGAGGUUAAUCAGGUAUCACAUUUAACCCUUUAGCUCCCAUGAGUGACCAAAACAGAAUUUCUCCUUACAAUGUCAAUACAAUAUCAACCAGAUAAGUGAUGAGAAUAGAGAAAAAUAUCAAUUUGGUGAUAAUUAGUUGAUCCAAUACAAAAUUCUCUGAACUAACAUUAUAAGAAUUGUAUAGUUGACAGUAAGAAGAAUUACAAAUUUGAUCUGGGGUUUAUUGGGUGAGACCUGUCAAAUUUAUUUUCUCUCCCUAUUCAUAAGCAUAUAAUGCAGCAGUGUUCUUCAUUUAGUUCUUGAGUUAUACAAUUCAAAAUGUGCACUUUUUUGCAGAUGAGUCGUCUGAAGGUACAGAGUCUGUCAUGAUAGAUGUUAAAGAAAAUGCAAUACUUAAACAUGGAGAUCAGUUUUCAGAUUACCUGAAAAAAGGAUUGUCUGACAACUGGAGCCAAGUAUGUUGACAGAUUACUUGUGCAACACAUAGAUUUUAAUUUUAAUAAUAUCCCUUUUCAGGAUAGUGAUGUAGUUCAGAUUUUUACUUACAUUGGUUGAAAUUUCAAUCACUAGUUGAAGUGUUCUCUUUUUCAUCCUUAAAUGUCCCAGAUUAUAAUAAUCUGGAAGAAAAUUUUCAAAGGAAAUUUAAGGGAAAGAUUAUUUUUGCUUUUCAUGGAAAGAUAACAAAAAAAAACACUAAGAACCAUAGUUCAUUUGAUACAUGCUGUAUACUGAAAGCUCCUCAGUUCCAUAGUUAGAAUGGUGUUAUUUAUCCAAAAUUUCUUAGGAAUUCUCCUUACUGUCUGCCAUACAAUUCUCAUGAUGUUAGUUCAGAGAGUUUGGUAUUGGGUCAACUUAUCCCCUAAUUGAUAUUUUUUAUAUUCUCAUCACUUGUCCGCUUGAUGCUGUGAUGUUAAUGUGACUUGUUGUCAAUGUUGUAUGACAUCAAACAACCACUUAAUACAUUGUUUGACUUUCACUUUACUUUGCUGCAUAAUUUCCUGAGACUGUUGUGUUUAAAUUCUGGUCAUACUUUAUACUUCAUAACAUCUGUUUUCAUUUGAAAUAUAGGUUAGGUUAGCAGCCUCUGUAGCCACGCGGCAGUUCUUUCAGACUCUGCCCAAUAAAGAAUCAAGAGAGAGGUUCUUCCCCAAGGUGCUACCAGCCAUGUGUCUGAACAGGUUAGACCAUGCAGUAUAAUUUCUGGAAUAAUUCCUGAUUUGAAUCAAUUGAUUCUUCAUCGAGCAAAUUAUUGUUUCUGAAAAAAUACAAUGCUGAUGAAGUUGAAUGCAAUAUGAAAUGAAAAGUUAACUUUUACCUUAACACAUCUUAACAUUUCAAUUUUAAAUCUAUUGACAUCAGGAUUGUAAAUAAAUAUUCCCAAUUAUGUAGCUGAAUUGAAAUCACUUUUUUUAAAAGGUAUUAUGUGGCAGAAGGUGUUAGAAUAUACUCCCAGCAAAGCUGGAAAAUGAUAGUUGGAACAGAAGGAAAGCAUUUGGUGGAAAAAUACAUCACAGAGACAGUGAGUAAAAAGUAUUUUAUUUUGAAUUAAGAAAUAUUUAUGUAGGGAAGUUGUAAAAAGGGUAAUGUGUUAAUUAUUUUCAUCUUUUGAUCCCAUUAGAGUGACUAGCAUCUAAUUUCUUCUUACAGUUUCACCCCUGAAUCAUAUAUUAAGAUCAUGAGAAUAAAGGAAAUGAUCUCAAGUGAAGAAGCUCUUGAUCAUUCAAUAAAUUCUCCUUCUCAGCACCUUAGUAAAUGUAUAGAUAACAGUAUGGAGAAUAUGCAUACUGAUGUUGGGGUGUAAAUGGUUAAGAAAAAGGCUACAUUUUUAUGUUUAAAGACAUCAGACUGAGUGUUGUUGAUAGCAACAGUUGAAAUUAGUGCAAAGUACGAAGAUGAGUUUAAAAUGUUAAUAUUAUCUUAAUACAUCAAAGAUCAGACAGGUGUAAGAACUGGGAAAUUUAUUAUG